AUGAGCGCGAUGGGCGGCAUGGGUGGAAGCGGGUCUCAAGGAGCUAUUAGUGCUGGCUCACAAGUCCCCGGUCUCCAGGCUAUGCAAGGCAUGAUGAAUCCUGCUAUGAUUCAGCAGAUGCAGCAGAUGCAACAGAUGCAACAGAUGCAGAACCAGGGACAGGGACAGGGACAGGGCCCGGGUGGACCUGGAUUUGGAGCUGUUGGAAUGGGAGGACAAAUCAACACGACCAUGAACCCUGGACCAGGUCCAGGCCCUGGUAUGGGAGGAAACAUGGGAGGUAUGGGUGGGAAUGUAGGUGGGGGACCACCGGGUGGAAUGGGUGGCGGCGGCGGUCCAAAUAUGGGUAUGAGCGGGCCGAGUGGUAGCUUUUCCGGCCCAAGAGGUGGCCCUGGGUACAAUGCUCAAGAGCAAAUUGCCUUUGAACAACAAAAGUACGAACAGCAACAAGCACGCAGGGCCAUUGAAUCAUCUCGAGGAUUUGCCCCGUACCAACCAGGUGGCCCGACCUCCUGGGAAGGAAUGUACGAUGAUGUCCCACAACCAAAUAUUCCAACUGGUCCACAGGGGGGUGGCAAUAUGAACCGAGGUGGAGGGGGUAUGGGUCGUGGAAUGUCACCAAAUCACGGUAUGCCACCACAACAUGGCGGUGCUCGGCCAUCAUCUGGGAAUAACAAGAGCAUAACACCGCAACCGCAAAGUGCGCCGCCAGCAAAUGCACCUACUGGCCCAAGGAAUGCGGGGAAGCCAGGGGCGAAUUACCGUGGUGGGGGACGGGGUGCUCAUCGGGGAUUCCAUCCUUACGCUCGCACUUGAAAGGAAUAGGAUAAUGAAAAUGGAUUGGAUGGUUUAAGUAAUCAAAGAAAUAUAACGAUGAUAGAAAAAAAGGCUUUCUUCCCAGCAAGUCUGGUUAUUUUGAUGUUUAAUCGCACGAUUACGCCAUAAAAAGCAUGACGAGAUUUCUCUACUUGGCGAUCAUCCUGCAGGAACGUUUGGUGACCGAAUAACUACGAAUUUUCAGGCGGCAUGUCACUCCAGCCUCCUCUAAAUAAUUGCGACACGACCUCAACUCGCCCACCGUUUAUGUUUGUUCCUUACUUUCUUGUUUAUUGUUGCUUACCGAUGGCUCCCCAACGCUCCCCGUUCGCUUCUGCCCAUUUUCCUUCUUUUUUCCAUUUCAACUAUCAUCUUUUCACCCCUGGACCGCCUCGGAGUUACACGUUACGGAAUCCUCCAGCAAUUGCGGCUCAAGAAAGUUAAAUCGAAUGAAGCAGUUAGCAGCCUGUAUCUUGUCCUACUCUCUCUACUUCUCUCGCGGAUACCUGGCUCCCAACCAGUUGGAUCAAACAAGUGUUAUCAUGUCAAGGCCCCCAUGUUAUGUUCCUUCUCAUACUUUUUCUCUUUUUCGAUCUGCUCUCUAUUUUCCUUGUUCUCUCUAGGCAAAUAUCAAAUCUUGUGGUUCCUUCCUUCUUUUUGCCCUGUUCGAAUCUGCGUUGUUCAUCUGAUUAUUUGAUCCGUUUUUCUCGAAUUGUAAUUUCUUUUCUCAUUUCUUUGGCUUUUUACUUUCCCUCCUUCCUUCUCCUUCUUGAGUUGUAUUGUAAUAUAUCAAUAUUUUACCUAAACAAGACGAAAAGCACCAUGAAACAAAAAAACGAGACAACUAUGCAGUUUU